AUGGAUCAAUUUCAAGCUUUGAUCGAGCCAGCAAGACAAUUUUCUAAGGAUUCGUACCGUCUCGUCAAGAGAUGCACAAAGCCGGAUAGAAAGGAAUAUCAAAAGAUCGCUGUUGCCACUGCCAUCGGUUUUGCUAUCAUGGGAUUCAUCGGAUUCUUCGUCAAGCUCAUCCAUAUCCCAAUUAACAAUAUCAUCGUCGGAGCAUAG